AUGAGCGCCACAGAAGCAAUAACAUCGAAAUCGGAAGAUAUUCCGACACCGUCAAAACCCAGAAAUAUCGUCGGAGUGCGACAUUUUCAGUGUUUUCUCUUGUUCGUGCUAUCAAACGUUAACCAUGGCCUGAGAAGCAACACUCCGAUCGCCAUCGUGGCGAUGACGGACGCUCAAGCGGCCAAUCCUGACUUUCCUGAGUACAAGUGGACCCCACAAACCCAAUCCUAUAUCCUGAGCAGUUUCUUCUGGGGAUACCUGAUAAGUAUCCUCCCAGCUGGACUCUUGGCCAGGAGAUUUGGGGCAAAGAACAUUUUGCUGAUAGCUGCCAUUGGAAGUUCUGUGGCAUGUGUUUUCAUCCCUUAUGGAGCGCAAAUUGGGGGAUGGGGUCUGGUUUGUGCCCUUAGAACGCUCCAAGGACUCUUUCAGGGAUGCUUCAAUCCCUGCCUCCACACUCUGCUGUCCGUUUGGGUGCCACCCAGUGAAAGAAGUCGCCUCGCAGGAUUUGUAUAUGCCGGAGGUUUUUUGGGGAAUGUCGUCACGACUGCAACAAGUGGAUUGAUCGCGGUGUCAUCAGUCGGCUGGCCAGCAAUUUACUACAUUUCUGGAUCCAUUGGACUAUUGUGGGCUGUAUUCUACUUCUUUGCUGGCAGCAGUUCUCCCGAACAGAACAAUUACAUAUCACUUGGCGAGAAGGACUACAUCCAAUCAUGUCUUGGACAAGUGACUAAAGUUCAAGUUAUAAAGAAAAUCAAAACUCCAUGGAAGAAGAUUUUCACGUCUCCUCCGGUGUAUGCUUUGAUCUUAGCUCAUUGCGUAGGAAACUGGAACAGUGGAACAAUGACUACUCAAGUGCCGACUUACAUAAAGAACGUUCUGAACUACGAUAUGAAAGAGAGCGCUCUUCUGUCAGCUCUACCGUACUUCGUCAAAUGGCUAACAUCCUUUGUCUUCAGCACUUUUUCGGACUUCAUUAUCAAUCACAAGUACAUGUCCAUUGGGAACACGAGGAAGUUCUUCAACUCCAUCGGAACCUACGGAUCAGCAUCGGUUUUGAUUGCUCUUUCACUGCUGCCUCAGGAUGAGCCCAUCAUAGCCAUUGUGCUUCUUAUAGUCACUGUAGCUUUGAGCUCUGGUGCCAUGUUUGGCUAUCUACUCAAUCACUUGGACUUGUCUCCCAUUCAUGCCGGAAUACUUAUGGGCAUCUCCAACUUUGCCGGCACCGCCGCUUCUCUGGUGGCGCCACUCUUUGCUGGAGCCGUUCUACACGACCACAAGAAUGCAUACGAAUGGAGGAUCGUGUUCUUCGUCGCUGCAGGACUCAAGUUUGUCGGCAACACACUGUUCAUCAUCUUCGCCAAGGGUGACAUACAGCCUUGGAAUUACAGCAAGGACAACCCAGCUCCAAGUGAGAGAGACAAACUAAAGCCAUAGUUUACAUGCUCACAUGUAACUAUUGAAAAUACUGUGAUUUGUUC